AUGGCCAGCUUUGACAGCGGCGACGAACUCGCCUACCUGAUGCCUGGCUUUGACCUCAACUCUCUAACCGUCCCGCGACUUCGAUCCAUUCUCGUGAAUCAUGACGUUCCUUAUCCCACAUCCGCGAAGAAGGCGCAGCUGAUAAGCAUCGUGGAAUCCGAUGUGCUACCAAAAGCGAAACAGCUUCUACGCCAACGCGAUCGCAUACACGAACAAAGUACACCAAAGCACUUUUAUGCGACCACGCCAACAAUGGACGAGAGGAGGAAACGUAAAACCGAGCCGCCGCUGUUGACCAGAUUAAAGCAAGAAGGUGGUAUCAUGGUGCCAACUAGCGCAACAUUCGAGGCCCCAGUUUCCGGACUCAGGCCUUUUAAAGCAGAAGAGUGGGAGGAAGAAGAUAUCGAGCCUAGAGAAGAAUUUACACCAGAUGAACAGCUCGCUCUAAUGCAGGCACAAGCUACACCUCGAAAGGCAGUCGUGAAGCGAAGGCCAGCAAGUCAGGGGAAAAGCGCGCAGCUUGCGUCCUGGUUCGUUAUCUUUACACUACUGUCCAGCAUUGGGCUGUGGUGGAGAAAAGAAAAGGUUGAGAUAGGAUACUGCGGUGUUGGCAAAAAGCACUGGUCUCUCGAAGGCACCAAGGUUCCCAAAUGGGCAAACGCAUUGGAGCCAAAAUGCGAACCAUGCCCACAACAUGCGUUCUGCUAUCCCAGCCUCGAAGCUAGUUGUGAGCAAGAUUUUGUCCUAAAACCGCACCCGUUGUCUCUCGGGGGUUUGAUUCCCCUGCCUCCGACUUGCGAACCGGAUAGUGACAAACUACGCCGAGUCAAAGUUGUUUCAGAUAAAGCAGUUGAAGAGUUGAGGGUACAGAGAGCAAAAUAUGAGUGCGGCGAGGCGAACAAGGAUGGUAGUAAGAAAGUCACCUCUCCUAGGAUGACAGCUGCCGAACUAAAGCAGCGAGUUAGCAAAUCCAAACGAAAGGGCAUGAGUGACGAGGAAUUUGAGGAGCUCUGGAAGGGAGCGCUUGGGGAAAUUGCUGGUAGGGAAGAGGUUACGGCUAAGACUCAAGGCCCGAGCUCGUCCCCGAUCAUCACGUUUAGCUCCUCCUCCCUCGCGAAACUCUCCCUCCCCUGCGCGGCCAAGCGGCACCUUCGACUCUCUCUCCUCGCGUAUCGACUCCCUAUUCUCAUUUUAGUACUGUUGGCUUCUAUCCUUAGCUAUACUCGCGCUCAAAUUCUCGCAAAGCGGUCCGAUGCAGCUCGUGUUCCGUCUCUAGUUAGCAUGACCCUGGACCGUUUGGCAACACAGGCUGCCUUACAUGCACGUGGAGAAGCAUUGGAGCCGUGGAUAUCAGCUGGACAACUCCGCGACGAUGUUUUACGAGAUGAGUUAAGGAGGAGUCGGCGAGAGCAUCUUUGGAACCGUGUCAAAAGAAUCGUCGAGGGGAACGCCAAUGUGCGAGCAUCUGUCCGAGAAGGGCGUGGCGGUGACGUGUCGAGAGUCUGGGAAUGGAUUGGCGGUAUUCGAGCAAUUGGCGGAGACUUGGAGUCGCCGAGCAAUCGAUUGGAAAGCUCAAGAGUCAGGUUUUCCUUGUUGCCACAGGAGUCUAAAGUCGCAUCCAAAGAGAUUCCAGAAGGCCGAGAGAUGAAGAAAUGGGAUGAAGGCAGACCGGUUUACUGA